CUUUCCCACGCGCUCCAUAUCCAAUCAACCGAACGGACACACAUCCGUUUUCACUCAUUCAUCCCCGGCCAACUUCCCCGGCCCGCCCACCCACCACACCACGACAGCCCGACUCCCACCACUCCCACCACUCCCUUCAACGGAUUAUCCCGAGUCCUGGAUCCUGCGACCCCACGACCCAAUCAGCCACCAGCACAUGUUUGGUCGUUGCUGGAAACUGGACUAGGAGGACAUCUUCGACACUUUCCAAUCAUGACAACUAUUCUUGCGUCAAGACCGGCCAAAGGGAAGAGGAGUCGAGACAAUAGCGGCGAACUAACUCGCAACGGCUCUGCUGAUCACCCUGCAAAACAUCAGAGGACCGGGCAUGAACCACGCGAUGCCGUUGUCAAGCAUGCGCUGUUGAGUCAGUACUAUUCUGAGACACAAACAUUACGACAGUACGCACUGUCGAAACUGCCAACCUCUUCACGCAUCCGGCGCAAGAAAAUCGCAACAGUAGGGCUUUCUGGCUCUUCUGUCCAGAAGUCUUCAACUGAAGAGGAGACUAUCUUGGGAGAGCUGCUGGACACAACAGUUGUUGCCUGGCGCCACGAUGCCACCGCGAGAAAGAACAGCUACCGCUGGGAGAAGUGGAUUGCCUUCUCGCAGAAGGGGAAAGGAGAUGAAUCCUAUGUGACCUUGUCAGAUGGACUGAGGAGGUCCAUGUACUCGCAAUCCGAUAUUGUAGACUUUGUUAUCUGGCUUCUUUUCUCCCAGCAGGAGGCUGGUGUCCGGUUGAAGCAUUUGUUAUGCGACGGCUUUCGGAGAAGUGUAAAUGAGAAUGCUCAUCCGAAGGAGGCAGCCGCCCCAAGCAAGCCAAUCCCCGGGCUCUUUGCAGUAGAACGCAAUCAGCAAGUAGAAGCCCUCAGGGAAAAGCCAUGGCCACAGCUUCUCAUGCUCUUGGGCAAAGAAGGGGAGCGCAUCAUGAUCGACCUGCUUGUCGACUGUGCCAUUUUCCGGGCUGUAAAAGCAGGCAAGGGCAACAUGCAACAGCUUUGUGGGAUUCCCAUUUCAGAACUGAGCCCUUUGGAGGCAAAGCCCAUCGACAAAGAAAAUCCCAUGCGCCCCUCCGAGAUCUCUUUUGUCAGAAGCCGUAUGCUCUAUGCCAGAGCUGCUCUCAAUGCUCGUGGCGCUGUUCACUUUGGCUUACGUCACAUCCAUGUGUUGAACAGGUUUCCAUAUAAGGCACCCACCCCCACCGAAGAGGAUACUAACCACGGGAAUGUGGUGCAUAUCUUGGUGUACAUGUUUCCCCGUCAAUUUGGGCUGCAUAAUCCAUUUACGUCGGUUGUGGACCGCCAGAAGACAACUCAGAGGUUCCAGGACUACACCCUUCGUGAAGAGGAGAUAGCCGAGAAGUUUUCCAAGUUGGAUACGCCCGGAAAGCCUAUCAGGCACGUUCCCAAGAGACUCAGAGGGCAGGUCCAACAUCUUGUCGAGCGACUUCAGAUAUUGCACGGCCGUUGCGCAUAUGCCGAGAUGAUGAAGCACUAUUGCCCAAUGGGUUCCACUUCCAUGGAAAGGUCAUUAGUUUCAUCAUCAAGGUCAGCUGGCGAAGCUUCUCGGGGCAAGAAGAAGACUCGGCAGAAUGCAGCCCCGGAUUGGAACUUGAAGUACAGCUCUCUCACGGAGUUGGCAACUCCAACAUCGUCUGUCUCGGCCUUUUGCCAGGCUAUACUAGCCAAGGUGAUCCCCAAUGAGUUCUGGGGCCAGGGCGACGCACAAGAGCACAACAAGGCCUGCCUUCUCAAAAAGGUCCACGAGUUCAUUCAUCUGCGGCGGUUUGAGAGCAUGUGUCUGCAUGAGGUCAUGCAGGGAAUGAAGCUCCAAGAUAUCGACUGGCUCGCACCUCCUGGACUAGCCAACCAAAAAUGCUCGCAGUCAGACAUGCAGAAACGAACCGAAAUCUUUUACGAGUUUCUCUACUACCUGUUUGAUUCAUUCUUGAUACCCUUGAUUCGAAGCAAUUUCUAUGUCACUGAUUCCAGUGUUGACAAGUAUUGUCUGUUUUUCUAUCGGCAUGACGUCUGGCGGUAUGUUGCCGAGCCUGCCAUGGCCGCGCUCAAGACCAGGAUGUUUGAGGAGGUCAGGUUGGAAGAUGCUUUACGGAUCUUGGGGUCCCGCAAACUUGGACUUGCCCACCUUCGGCUGGUUCCCAAGGAAACCAACAUGAGACCUCUCAUGAAUUUGUCACGUCGGACUCUGCGGCCAGGGGGGAAAGCUGGGUUGAGCUACAGUAUCAAUACUAAUUUGGGGCCGGUGAAUUCGGUGCUCAAGCUUGAGAGGCGUCUCGGAUCUUCCCUCUUCUCAGUGAGCGACAUCUACCCCCGCAUCAAGGCAUUCAAAACCUCCCUUGGCCAAGGAAACCACAAGCUCUACUUUGCCAAAGUUGACGUCACGGCCGCCUACGAUACCAUCCCCCAAGACGCCAUGAUCAAACUACUCCGCCAGAUCCCCAAGCAAGCCUUUUACAAAAUCAAGAAACACGCCGAAGUCAGCCCCCUCGAAAUGGUCCUUGGCAAAGGCAGCACUGCCAAAGCCGCCAGCCGCUGGCCUUCGGUAGCCCAACCAAACAAAGACCCCCUCCCCUUCUCCCAACUCAUCGAGACCACUCUCGCCCCGACCAAAAAAGACACCAUCUUCGUCGACCGCUCCAACGCCCAGAAAACCCACAACACCCGGGACCUGAUGUCUCUAUCCACGUCCCACAUCAAAGACAACCUCAUCCGCAUAGGCAAGAAACACUACCGCCAAAAAUCCGGCAUCCCUCAAGGCUCGGUGAUUUCCUCCGCCCUCUGCAACUACUUCUACGCCGACCUCGAGCGCACCCACCUCUCCUUUUUGUUCUCCGAUGACAACACCAACGACAGCCUGCUCCUCCGGCUGAUAGACGACUUCCUCCUCAUCACCACCUCCCUCCCCAAAGCAACCCAGUUCAUCACAACAAUGCACUCUGGCGUCCCCGCCUACGGCGUAACCGUCAACCCUUCAAAGUCCCUCGUUAAUUUCCCCGUCACCAUUAACGGCACCACUCUCCCAACCUUACAAUCCAAAAACAACAACAGACCAGCUCAAUUCCCCUACACGGGCCUAUUCAUCAACACCAAAACUCUCGAAAUCUCCAAAGAUAACACCGCUCUUACAGUCUUCAACUCUUUAACAGUAGAACACACCCGCCGCCCAGGCCGCAACUUUUCCCGCAAGGUCCUCGCCUCGUUCAAGCUCCAGUCCGGCAUCCACCUUUAUGAUACCAGCCUCAACUCGAGGCCCAAGGUGCUGGCCAACGCGUUUGCCGCCUUUGGGGUCUGCGCCAGGAAGAUGUGGGCUUAUGGGAGGUGUAUGGGGAAGAAACGACAGCCCGGUGGGGGGGUUGUUAAAGAUACUAUCAGGUCAUUGAUUGAUGUUGCGUUUCUGCUGCUGACGAGCAAAAGCAGAAAGGAGAGGUGGCCGGGGUAUGAGUGUAUGGUUACAAAGGGGGAGGUGGCGUGGUUGGUGAUGGUGGCUUUUAGACAGGUUCUUGUUAGGAAGCAGACGGGAUACAGAGAGGUUGUGGUUUGGCUGCAGGAGGAGACGGUCAACUUGUCGAAGGGGAAGAAGGGGGUUGGUGUUGCGGGUUUAAUCAAGAUUGUUAGGGGAGUUGGGAUCUGA